AUGUCGAGUCACUACCGAAAUUUGUCUCCUAGUCGAGUCCGACACUCCAUGAUUGAUCACAUGAGAGCGUCAACCGGCAUGGUAGAACUAACCUCCUACGACCCUUGUGAUGCGCCUAGGCGCUACGACUACACCGAGUACCCGUCUGAUACUGGAUACGUCAGUGCCUUUGGGUACCACUCAGGACGACCAUUGAAACUCGAAGCCCACCAAGUUUCCACCCAUCGAGUCCGUGAUUCAUCUGCAUCAGCCAAAAAACGCACUGAAUACAGCGUCCAGCCCCGCACCAGGCACAGAAGCAAUACAUCAACUGUAGCGGACUAUGAGACACUAGUGCGUCUGGCUGUACCUUCCACAUCACAUCAGCAUCUCUCACCCGUGCAUCACUCAAUUCACCGGGGUGCACCAAGCCCUCUUCCUGAGAUAGUCUCUGCUUCCCCUCGGCAUCCCGCACAUCGACGAAUCCACAGCACCGACUAUGCGAGCGACACGGGCCAUAUCGACGCACGGAAAGAUGACAGAUACAGGACUGAUCACAGUAUACAUCAACACCGUGGCCAUCCGCCACCUCGCUCACCACGCUAUCCAGCGUACGACGGGCUGAGAAAAGGCGACGACAUUGAUGACUUUGAUGCCUACUCAUACACCAAUGCUCGGGAGCAAUUCGAACGGGACUACCCGGUCAAGCCACGCCCUCACGGACCGAGAUACUCGCUCAGUAACACCGGUGUGGAAGAAAACCUGCAGCGGACAGUGCGGAAAGACCGCCACCAUGGCCCACCCCCAACAUCCCGGGGCCUUGACAAGCUCGGGCGUGAACGGCCACGAAGCUCAACGUAUGGCAAGGAUGACCAUCGGGACCCGCACAGAUCGAAUGAGAAUUUCCAUGAUCAAGCCCUAGUCACCGUCCCUCGAGACUCUGACGCUGAACAUCCCUCCCGACAUGACGAUCGUCGUCGUCGCCGUGCCGAAAGAGCGCGUCACGCGAACGAUCGGGAGCACCUCUAUACAGAAGAUUACCACCCCAAGCUACAUGACGUCGGCCCGCUGGCUACCAUAGGACUUGGAACAGCGGCCUUGGGAGGGGGACACUCCGACAUGUCAGACUUUGAGCACCAUCGUCCGUCACGACGCAAGCACAGACGCUCAAACAGCGAGCAUGACCGCGAUGCCGUUCAGCCCCCAUCGCGCCAGCUUAUAAUUCCAGCCGAUGAAAGAGUCAAGCAAGCCUACCUGGAUCCCACCAAUGCCCGUCGCCACGGUCGAUCGCGACGACACUCUAGGCGGCGGACGCACAGCGAAGAUGCCGACACGUCGGAUGAAGACCUGCGAAACUACAGGCGUGAGCCCGCACGUCAUAGGCACAGCAGCACCGAUACCGAAAGCGACCGUGACCGGAACCGGGUCCGCAGUCGGGUUCGCUCGCACCACAAUCGAGACCGAGACCACUCGCAUGGGCAUCGCUCUUCUCGCUCCCACCGCAUGCUGGAGGAUGGUUACACAACUGAACCGCGACGAUCGCCGCCGGCUGACAUGGCUAUAGAUGACCCCAGAAGACCUAUUGCUGUCGAUCCAGCUGCUCCAAAGGAGCCUGAGGCUCCCCCCAAGGGAAUUCUCAAAGCUCCACGCCAGGCAUUUCCAGAGGAACCUAACCCGGUGAGGGAGGGGGUCGCUCCCCUCAAAGACGCCCAUAAGCAAGGGAUCCCGCCGGGAGCUCGCUGGACAAAGAUCGACAGACGGCUCGUGAACCCGGAGGCAUUGGAAGUGGGCAAUGAACGGUUUGAGGAGCGAUCGGAUUAUGUGAUUGUGUUGAGGGUUCUGAGCAAGGAGGAGAUUCAGCAGUAUGCUGUAAAGACACAGGAGAUCAGAGACAUCCGCCACAAGGAACAGUUGCGCGAGAGACGCAAGUCCAGAGAUGAGACACAACGCCACGGCCGCCGGGGCGAGGAGUCUUCCAGCGACGACGAGGAUGAGGGCGAGGAACAAUCUUGGAAGCAGCUCCAAGCGGCCCCUCCACCCGCACAGCAGAUGUCAUUGCCGUCGCGUCCACGCGCGUCGACCAACUCAAUGCACGAGGCUGAAAUGCCUAGAAUAAGCAACAUUUCUGCUGCGCCGGCAUAA